AUGGAGGAACGUGCCACGAAAAAAAAGAUAGAGGAGUUGCUAAGACGACAGUGCGGCCCUGGACCUGCAAAAUACACACUGCCUGGCACUAUAGGUGCAACAAAAAAAGAUCCCAGAAUGAGACACAGUCCAGAAUUUAGUUUCGGUCAACGCAAUGAGAUUCAGUACAAAAAUUGCAGCCCAGGACCUAAGUACCUUAUCAAGCCAAAUUCAACACAACGAGGAGUAGAAACAGCACCUCAAUUCUCCCUGUAUAGCAGACCUACUGACUUAAAAUCUCCGUUUGUUCCAGGUCCAGGCCAUUAUCAUCCAGAAAAACAUUUUCCACCUCGUGAAACACGUGCACCAAGUUUUUCGUUUGGAAAACGCACAGAAUAUAAAAAACGUGAUACAAAACCUGCACCGAAUUCUUAUACUAUCCCCACGAUCAUUGGCCCAAAUGCAAUCUGUGUACGUUCGUCCCCAGCUUAUUCGUUCAACGGCAAACCAGAGAGAGGAGUAUUUAGGGAAGAGACACCUGGACCAGGUACAUACAAAGUGGUAUGUCCAAAUACAUACAGGACCAAGCAGCCCAUAUACUCACUUAAAGGACGAAAAUUCUUACCCGGAGACAGAACAAUGAAGCCGGGACCAGGAAUUUAUUCUCCAGAAAAGGUGAAGAUUGCCAACAUAUGUUCACCUGCGUUCUCAUUUGGAAUGAAACACGCUGCGCACGUAGUUCUACCACUUUAA